GGCGGGGAAGGGCGGGCUGGGCAGCGAGGGGUGGGGACCAGGUGGUGCCAGGGUCCUGCAGUGCUGGAGCGUCGCACCCACUGCUGCUUCCAGAGCAUCCCAGAGCAGUCGGCUUGUCCCGGCAGUUCCACACCUCUGCUUGUGUGGCUUGGAAACUGUUGUAGAGACAUAUAGUAGCAGCAGCGAGUGUGCUGUAGUACGGGAUGCUAGCUUUGCUCCUCCAAACCUGUGGAGUAAACCCGUGUAAAUCUUACGUGUUUCCUAACUUAGUUUCUCAAGGAUGAAGUGACAAAACCGCUUAGGAAAGUUAGAAAAUGUUAUGCAGGCAGCGGUCAUGUCCCCGGGGAAUGGAUGGGAUGAGCAAGUCAAACUUUUCAACCUCCUACCUAGUGCUUAGUGAUUGGAGUAUUGUUUGGCUUGACUUUUUUCUGCCCUUGUGCUUGAGAAGGGUCAGGAAGUUGUAGAUGGGCCGCCUGUGGUGUUCUCGGUGUGUGCUGGGACCAGCAAGUGUGGGUUAGGCUCUGGAGUGGUCCAUGUUCUCAUGCUUGUACUGCUGCCUGAGCCAGUUUUCUCCCUUCUCCUUCCCGUCAUUUUUGCUGUGUGGUCAUUCCUGCCAUGGUGGUAAAAAGCUUUUGUGUCCUUCUGUGUCUGCCUUUCAGGGAUGCAGUUCUAGCUAUUGUUCAAAGGUUAAUUUACAGUAGUGGCCACGUUGUUAACUGUGUGUUGGUUUUCCUUUUUUGGUUUGUUUGUUUGGAAAAUCCAUGGUUUAAUAAUUUUUAGGAGGUUAUCCAUCUCAUGGAGCAGCUAGCUGAGUCAAGUGAUGUGAUAGCCCAGUGAUCACUAGGUUUUUGUAAGAGGAAAGUGCUUGGGGAUGCAGUUGGAGGAGGGGAGAAUGUGUAAUUCUCCUGUUUUGUGUGAAAAUGGCCUGUGUUUGGAUCGGAUUACACUAACAUGGAGCUGCAUCCCUAGAUGAACUUGCUUGGGGAAAUGCUGUGCCUUUUCACUUUUGUGUUUGGAAAGAGUUUUGCUGGAUAACUCUCCUUGCUGUAAGUGAAAUUCUUACUGCCCUUCUGCAAAUCAAAGCGUAUGCUUCUCUGUCCACGCCUCCAAAAGGCCUUCUGCCUACAGAGACACCAAAAUUUUUCUAUGCCUCAUGCCAGAGGUAUUUCAGUAAGAUUCUGUUUAUGCUAGGAUUUUAAUGAGAUCUAGAUCAAUAUGGAACUCUCAAAAAUGCUGGAAAUCUUAGGAAUCGGUGGUGCUGCUUCCUGAGGAAACACAGAUUGAUUGGUGGAGCAGAGCACCAGGGCAGAAGCCUGGCUUCUCCUGCUGAAGCUGUUGAGGACAAGGGUAUUUGCUGUAGCUAAGGUGAACAUCAGUUACAUCUUUACCUCUCUCAUGGGCACUUGUGGCAUCACAAGUAAGGUAGUUCAAUUCUGUGAUGUGACAGAAAAUAGGGUUUUAGGGUAUCUUUCCUGCAGCUACCAAGUUGAUCUAAUGAGCACCAGAAGCAAGGUGAAGGAGGAGGAUCUGCAUUGGGAUGUUGAGUGUAGAUCUGGAGUCCAUCUCAGCCUGAGCUCCUGGGAUCCUGUCGCCAUGGAGACUGAAAGUGAGCAGAACUCCAACUCCACCAGCGGGAGCUCCAGUUCUGGAGCAAGCACCCGGCCUCAGAUCUCGCAGAUGUCUCUCUAUGAGCGGCAGGCAGUACAGGCUCUGCAGGCACUCCAGAGACAGCCCAAUGCAGCCCAGUACUUCCAUCAGUUUAUGCUCCAGCAGCAGUUUAACAGUGCCCAACUUCACAGCCUGGCUGCUGUCCAGCAGGCUACAAUUGCAGCCAGUAGACAGGCCAGCUCGCCCAACACUAGCACCUCACAACAGACCACCACCACCCAGGCCUCUUUGCAUGCUAACAGUGAUUCUCAAGCUCAGCAUACAAAUGAGAUCAACCUUGCCACCACGUCAGCUGCUCAGCUGAUCAGUCGGUCGCAGAGCGUGAGCUCCCCGAGCGCCACCACGCUGACGCAGUCUGUGCUCCUCGGGAACACCACUUCACCUCCUCUCAACCAGUCACAGGCACAGAUGUACCUGCGGCCGCAGCUGGGGAACCUGUUGCAGGUGAACCGGACCUUGGGCCGCAAUGUGCCUCUCGCCUCCCAGCUCAUCCUGAUGCCCAAUGGGGCUGUGGCUGCUGUCCAGCAGGAGGUACCACCCACUCAGUCUCCUGGGGUGCACGCAGACACAGACCAGGUGCAGAACUUGGCUGUGAGGAGCCAGCAGACCUCUGCCACUAAUGCCCAGCUCCAAGGCUCUGCUCAGAAGACGGCCCUGCCAGGCAGCUCCCAGGCUUCGGGCUUACCGCAGGCUGCCAGCACGGGCCAGAGCAUGGCCGUGGCCCAGGCCUCCUCCAGCGGGGCAGGCCAGUCCCUCAACCUGAGCCAGGCAGCAGCGGGCAGCAAUGGUGUCUCCGGGGGCGUGGUGGCCACCGGUGGGAGCCAGCCCUCAAUGGCACUGAGCCAGAGCUCCUCAGCAGGUGCCGCUGGCAGUUGCCAGAGGAAGGGCACCGGGGUGGUUCAGCCGCUGCCCGUGGCGGCUGCCCAGGCCGUGACUGUCAGCCAGGGCAGCCAGACAGAGACGGAGAACGCAGCUGCAAAGAAGGGUGACACAGACACUGGUGGACAGCAAACAGUGGGUAUGAACCUCACCAGGACAGCUACACCAGCACCCAGCCAGACGCUGAUCAGCUCAGCCACAUAUACGCAGAUCCAGCCACACUCGCUGAUCCAGCAGCAGCAGCAGAUCCAUCUGCAGAAGCAGGUGGUGAUCCAGCAGCAGAUAGCCAUUCACCAGCAGCAGUUCCAGCACCGCCAGUCCCAGCUCCUCCACACAGCCACCCAUCUCCAACUGGCUCAACAGCAGCAACAGCAGCAAGCAGCAUCUCUGACCCAGCAGCAGCAGCAAGCUCAGCCUCCACAGCAGCAGGCUCCCCCUCAAACCCAGCAGCAGGCACAGACGCUUGUGGUGCAGCCUAUGUUGCAGUCCCAGCCACCGCAUUUACAGCUCCAGCAGGACAGUCCAUGCCAGCCAGCCACCAAGUCACCUGUUCCUAUCCAGUCAAAAUCUCUGGUCACCCCCAUCAAACCCCCUCAGCUUGGGCCUGCCAAAAUGUCAGCAGCACAGCAGCCUCCUCCACACAUCCCGGUGCAGGUGGUGGGCACUCGGCAGCAGGGCUCGGGCCAAGCCCAGGCACUGGGCUUGGCUCAGAUUGCUGCAGCGGUGCCGACUUCCCGGGGGAUGCCAGCUGUAGUCCAGCCUGUUUCCCAAACCCAUGCUGCUUCCCCAUCAUCAUCUUCAGCUCCAGCAUCCUCACAGGAAGCUCCCCCUCUCACCACAGGGGUGAAUUUGGCACAAGUUCAAGGCACGGCCCACAUGGUGAAGAGCCCAGCUUCCUCUCCAGUUGUGGCUCAGAUGCCAGCAGCAUUCUACAUGCAGUCUGUCCAGUUGCCAGGCAAAUCUCAGACCUUGGCAGUAAAGCGCAAGGCAGAGUCAGAGGAAGAGAAGGAGGAGCCAGCCAGUGUCACCACACUUGUGCCUGCCAGGUCCUCUCCUGUAACAGACAACCUCAAAAGCAUGGAGGAGAAGAGUGGCCUUGGAGAUAAUUCUGAUCCUGCUGCCACUGCCACCCCAAAUGCCACAUCAAGUGAAGGAGUCUCAGCCACUCCCACCUCUGCUUCCACCCCAAACCUGGCACUGGUGUCACGUCAGAUGGGAGACUCCAAACCUCCUCAAGCCAUCGUCAAGCCCCAGAUCCUCACACACAUCAUUGAAGGCUUUGUCAUCCAGGAGGGAGCAGAGCCCUUUCCAGUGGGUUGUUCUCAGCUGCUGAAAGAAUCUGAGAAACCAGUGCAGGGAGAAGCUCCUUCUGGUCAGAAUGAUGAAAACUUGUCCAGCAAUUCUCUGGGAGAGGAUAGUGCUUCCAUGGAGCUUGACAAGAAGGCAAACUUGUUGAAGUGUGAAUAUUGUGGGAAAUAUGCCCCAGCAAGCCAGUUCCGUGGCUCCAAGAGGUUUUGUUCCAUGACCUGUGCUAAAAGGUACAAUGUCAGCUGCAGCCAUCAGUUCCGGCUGCAGAGAAAGAAGAUGAAGGAAUUCCAGGAAGCCAAUUAUGCCCGUGUGCGCCGACGGGGACCACGGCGCAGCAGCUCCGAAAUCGCUCGAACCAAGAUCCAGGGCAAGCGCCACAGGGGCCAGGAAGACUCCAGUCGAGGCUCUGACAACUCCAGCUAUGAUGAAGCUUUGUCCCCUACAUCUCCAGGACCCCUGUCAGUACGGGCCAGUCAUGGAGAGAGGGACCUGGCAAACUCUAAUAUGGCCCCCCCCCCCCCAGAUCUACAUGGCAUCAACCCAGUCUUCCUGUCGAGCAACCCUAGUCGUUGGAGUGUGGAGGAAGUGUACGAGUUCAUUGCAUCAUUGCAAGGGUGCCAAGAAAUUGCUGAGGAAUUUCGGUCACAGGAAAUUGAUGGUCAGGCCCUGUUGCUUCUGAAGGAGGAACAUCUCAUGAGUGCCAUGAACAUCAAGCUGGGACCAGCUCUCAAAAUCUGUGCCAAGAUCAAUGUCCUCAAGGAGACCUAAGAACUCUGAAGCCAGAGUUCUCACUUUUGCUCUGACCCCAGGGCAGCUGCCAGUUUUGGAGCAUCCUGCUGGGGUGGGGAAGAAUGGGACAGUCAGUCCCCUGUGGUCUUGCAUUCAAGAAUGAGAGGGAAUUUAACUGAUUGAAACUGCCAUGCACAAGCCCAUCUCUUGGUCUCUUAAUGGUGCUACAAGGUUAAGGAAAACUGCCACCUGGGGCCUUUAAACAACUCUCCUUCUUCCUGAUUUUGAAUAUGCCUCCCCUGUAUACACCACAUAAAGAUGUAAAGGGGAUCUCUUUCUGUCCUGAAAGACUUGUGAAAGGGAACUGCCUUCAACCCUUUCUGCCACAGCAGGUCUGCUAGAUCUUAGCUUUGAAUAUCAUUGCCAGAACUCAAGGCAUAGGAAGAGCUGGCCCCACAUGGACAGUGGGAGCACCUGUGCUUGGGGCUUUUGUGAAGGGGAACUAACAAAUUGCAAGUGACAGAGGUGACAAGAAUUUGAGCAAAAGGGGCUGCUGUUUUUCCACUUUUAAAAAUACCUAGGCUGCUCAUGAACUGGGUUUAAUAGCCAUUCCAGCAUGCAUACCAAACUUGAAGGCCUGUGGCAAUAGGAGCUGUCUUGUCUUCACUCUGCAUGUCUACAGGAGACAGUAAAGCUAAAGUGUUGUGGCAGCUAUUCACUCCAGGUGCUCCUCUCAGAACCAGUCAGAGGAUUUUUCCUGAGUACUUAUGACAAAUUGAUGGGAAACUCAAAGGGGAGGGGAUUGUUUUACAUUAGGGAACCUUGCAGCACGAGGUUUGUCUUCCCAUUGUGUUAGAGCAUAAUUUACAGAUCCAAAGCAGUCUCCAGAAGCACCAAGGCUCUUCAUGAAAUGAGCUGGGGUUUUGUUUUGUGUGUUUUCUUACCAGUUUGUAUCUUUCCUUUUUGUGUCUGUCUUUGUUAUCCUCAGGAGAGCUUACAGGACAAAAUUUAGGCUGACAGGAUUAUAAUGCUUGCCUCAGGCUUUUUUGUUUUUUGUUUGUUUUUGUUGGGGUUUGUGUUGUAAAACAAGUAUUUCUGUUACAAGAAACCAAACACACACCCUAAAAGAACUGAAUACUGAUCUUUUAAUAUGACUUCUCAUUUCUGAAGGGUAGAAUUCAUGUUACAGGCUGAUUUUCUCCUACUCAGCCCCUCCAGGUUUGCUUAGGGGUUCUUUGGUUGUUUUAUUUUUUUAAGGAUCAAAUGUGGUAUUCUGCAGUUUUGUAGCCAAAUUGCCAAAGGUGAAAACCUGGGCAGAGUUAUUCUCUUCCACAAGCACCUCUAUUUCAAACAGGCAAAACAUCUGAAGGAGUUACACAAACUGUGAAGAGGAAAAUGCUCUCUAGAGCCAAAUACCUGAGAGCAAGAUGAUGUUAUAAACCAUGUAUCUCAGCUUUUCUGUUUCCAGAAGUUUCACAUGAAUACCUGAGUGAAACAUAAGACUGUUCUGUGUGUUAAGCAGCUACUGUUGCAGGAAAGCUGUAGUGGCAUGGGAGAAAGCCUUAUAGCAUAGGUAGGAAAACGUUAGAGAUCUUUAAAAUGGGCUCUUUAUUGACCCGUUAGAAAAAGAGGAAGGAAAGUGCUUAGUAGUUGGAUAAAAUGUGGCAGCAGCUUCCUAGUCUUAACUGUGUUGCUGAAUCUCACUUUUGUGACAUCCUUUUUUAUGUGAGAAGACUUCUGAGGCUUUGUGAAUGCAAAUGGGCCCAAAGGAAGCUGCCUGUGCUUGCUUGCACCCUGGCACCACAGUUUGGUCUGAUGUAAUCUGGGGACAGGGGAGGGGGAGGUUAGAAUCAGCAGUGAGCAGAUGAAGGCUGCCCUUAAACCAAUUUAUCCUUAGCAGGCUGGCUGUGGCAGGGUAGGCAGACAGGUAGCCUGUCACUGUUACCAGCUACUCCUGAGGACUGGAUUUUAUUUCAGUCAAAUGGGAAGGCUUCACUUCAUUUCAUGUUCAGUGUUCUUAAUAAAAAAAUGCUUGAUCAGGC